UGCAGCUCACAUUUCCUACUCACCUGCAAACGUGAUGAAUGUGGGUGUUUGUAUCAGUGGGUGUGUGUGUCAAGUCUGACGCACGCGAACGUGCGGACUCCACUUUCUUGGAAGACACGAGCAGGACAGAAGACUUUGAUCCUCACUUAUAGUGCAGCACGCAGGCGCGGGAAGCAGCAAGCAUCCAGGUCGUCUCCAAGAAGUCCACAUUCAGCCUACGCACAACAGCAAGUGGACACUUCAAGCAGUGUCCUCGCUGGACUUUUGGGCUCUUUGAGACUUUUGCUGAACACAAAAGUUCACCUUCAAAAGAAAAUGGACAACAGCCCUGGUGGUGCAGGUGGAGGAGUCAUCCUGUAUGCAGGCUCCUGUGGAAGUGCCAGCCCCAGCCCUGGCAGCCCCUCCAGUGGGUACCAGACACAGUCACCUUCCUUCCACUCGCAGCCAUCAUCGCCAGAGGAGGUUACCUUCACAGAAAUUGGAUCGCUGAAACAGAAGGCUGAAGAGUCCCCAACACCAACCUCUAAACUGGUGUUCCAGUUCCCGGAGGUAUAUAGUGGGCCUCCUCCUGCAGCCCCGGCUCCCCAGCAUACCUACGGACAUCCCAUUGCUGGAAAAAUGCCGUGUGGCUUCACAGGAGCUUUCACAAAAAAUGGCGGAAUGGUCCUGCUCUGUAAGGUCUGUGGGGACAUUGCAUCUGGUUUCCACUACGGAGUUCAUGCAUGUGAAGGAUGCAAAGGAUUUUUCCGCCGCAGCAUCCAGCAAAACAUCAACUACAAGAUGUGCGUGAAGAACGAGCACUGUCAGAUCAUGCGCAUGAACCGCAACCGGUGCCAGCAUUGCCGCUUCAAGAAGUGCCUGUCUGUCGGCAUGUCGAGAGAUGCUGUGCGUUUUGGCCGCAUCCCAAAAAGAGAGAAGCAGCGACUUAUGGAGGAGAUGCAGAGCUACAUGAACAGCCUUAAUGAGUCGGCUGCCAUGGACAUGGACUCCUCCUCUGUGAAAGAAACGCCAACCAGGGAAGUUGAGGGCGGCCAAAAAGAGGCCAUUGGGGCCAUGUCAAGAGCUUACCAUGACAUCUUCAGUGGCAGUGGCCAGGAGAGAACAGCCAAGAGGGCUAAAAUCACCAACAAUAACAACAACAACAACAACAACAACACAUGUCAAGACGGCACUUUCACGCAGAUCGCAGCACAACCACACUCUAUGCAGGGUUACCAGUCUUGCCCGGUCGCCCCUGAAAACAAUCAGGUUAUGUUCCACAACAUGGACACCAAUCGCUACACUUACUUAGUGUCAACAAAUCAGAAUCAUCACUCAAGUGGCGCAACCCCUCAAAGAGGCCCUGUCAAUUAUUUAUGCAAAGCCGAAAAUGCCAGAAGUCAACCUUCAUGCCCAUGGAAGUUUGCUCCAAGAGCUAAAGUGCUGGCUUGUCCUCUUAAUGCAUGCCCUGUAUCUGGGGCAGACCGCACGAGUCAGGAGAUUUGGGAGUCCUUUUCUCAGUGUUUCACCCCUGCUGUCAAGGAGGUGGUUGAAUUUGCCAAGGGCAUCCCAGGAUUUCAGGAGCUUAGUCAGCAGGACCAGGUCAUGCUGCUUAAAUCGGGCACCUUCCAGGUUCUGAUGGUGAGGUUCUGCACCUUGUUCAACGCUGCUGAACGUACGGUGACCUUCCUGAAUGGCCAAACAUACCCUUUGUCCACCCUGCACGCUUUGGGCAUGGGCUCCUUACUAGAUGCCAUGUUUGACUUCAGUGAAAAGUUGGGCUCCAUGGGGCUUGAGCCUGAUGAAAUGGCCCUCUUCAUGGCAGUGGUGCUGGUCUCUGCAGAUCGUUCCGGCAUUUCAGACGUGCACACGGUGGAGCAGCUACAGGAGGGUCUUAUCCGUGCCCUACGAUCGCUGAUCACUCGCCGGCGUCCUGAUGACACUACCUUAUUCCCCAAACUCCUCCUGCGAUUGCCAGACCUCCGCACUAUCAACAAUCUGCACUCCAACAAACUUUUGGCCUUUCGCAUUGACCCUUGAGCACACAUCACACACAUUUCCAUACACACGUUACCUUCCAAGCAUGGACUUCCUUUGUAAGAGAUUUUGUUUUGAAAGAAAUUACUUUUUGGAUCCACGAUUCUAGUGUUUAUUUCUUUAUUGGGACAGAUGAAACAUGCUCACACACAUUUGUGUGUAAACCACAACACGAGGUACUAUUCCAGUGAAAGUGUAAAUUAAUGUGUUGAUAACAAAACCAUGUGUGCACUCGCUCUUUAUAUCCAGUGUACUUAAAGGGGAAUGGCACUUUUUGGGGAAUUUUGCCUAUCGUUCACAAUCAUGAGAGACAAGAGCACACAUCUUUUUUUUUUUUUAACAAUUUUAAAGAUGAUUAAAAAAACGCUUGAAAGAUGCGGCUAAUGAGAGUCACCAUUGCAGCCUUCAAACCCCUCAAAAGCAAUUCUAAAACCCUCCAGCAACGUUUUAUAUACGAUACUAUAUACUGUAAUAUGACUAGUCAUGUUUUUCAGUCAGUACAGAUUGGUGUCAUUUCGCAGUGUUGUGCAUUACAAACUCAAACGGGUUUUGUAUUGCUGUAGAAACUAGACUAUCUCUUGCCGUAGUUAGUUAAUAAGACAUUGUGUUACGAUAGAAAAAUAGUUCCUCAGUGUUUACUCUUAAAAUAACAAUGUCGUUACAGCUUGGUUAUUAUACAGGUUACGGAACGUAAAUGAAGUAUUGUUGACGGUUUUUGAAUACAUUUAGAGGUAGAAUUGAUUGCUCCCAUUAGCUGCAUUGCUAGCCACUGAAAACGAGCCGAUUUUUAUAUGUUAGAAAGCGGGGGGAAAAAAUACUUUUGUCUUCUUGUCUCUCAUAAUGAUUGUGAACGAUAUGCAAAAUUCCCCAAAAAAGUACAGUUCCCCUUUAAGAGUAAAAGCCAAUUCACCUCUGCUCAUAAAUAGCAACAGACCGUCAGAUAUUAUGCACAGAAACACCUCUUGUAAUAGGGACCAUCAAUACUGACAAGGUAUUAGUCUGUUUGUUUUCAAAAGAAAGGGAAUGUCAUCAUAAAUAUCGUAUUUUCCGGACUAUAAGCCGUUACUUUUUUCCCAAGCUUUGAACCCUGCGGUUCAUACUAAAGGUGCGGCUAAUCUAUGGAUUUUUCUCUGCUACAACUAAAUUAUGAAAUUUUUUAAGCAACGAAAUCAAACGAUGUACUAUAGCGACCCACUUUAAGAAACUGUUCAAACUCAUAGAGUUUACAAAGUACAAGGAAGAAGAAUUCUAAAAACAUUUUGAACCUUUUAAAAAAGUAAAAAAUAUUAGUUAUCUCAUAAAGAAUGAAUAAAGACAUCAAUUACUUUUCUGUUUUGUUUGACCAGCCGUUUUACUGCCGAGUUACAGGCAGCAUUUGGGAAAACAAUUAAGGUAUGUAAAUAAACAUUUACAAAAUCUUUUUAUGUAAAUUAAUAAUUUCACAACAUACUGGUAUAUAUCUGCGGCUUAUAGUCUGGUGCGGCUAUUAUAUGAAAACAUAUUUUUUUGUCUUCUAAAAUUUAGUCAGUGCGGCUUAUAUACCGGAGCACUUUAUAAUCCGGAAAAUACGAUACAUUGCAAAAUCUAACUAAAGUAUAGUGUAUCACUGUUCCACCAUCUGCAUUUUUACUUGAAGGACGCAGUAGAUUCAUUGUGUCACCUGUACACAACAAUUCUAAAACAUCACAAGCCAUUUCAAAUGACUUGACAAAACCAUUGUCUCUGCAUUACUAUGUCACAUCUAGAGUGAUGGUAAAAGUCCAUGCAUGUUUUGUAAUUAUUUUUGUUCAUUUUGUUUCUGUAAAUACGAUGUCUAUCUUAAAGCGACUGAGUAGCGAAAAGAAGAAUGUUCUGCUGAUCUUCCAGUAGGAGGUGGGGGUUUUGGGGCGAGGGUGUUUUGCAGGGAUUCUAGAUGGACUUUUUGACACACUGCCUGCUGCAUUGAGACGAUGUCACCAACCAGAAUAAUCCCUGAAAUCACCAGCGCUCACUCCACAUCAUGCACUCUUUCCCCCAAUGUUUGUCAUACAAACUAAAGAGAUAUUAUAGGGUGGGGAGAUCUUAUUUAAUUGGUCAUCUCACUGAUUGCUUGAUUGAAUAUGGCUGUUUGAGCACUUGCUGUACAUUUUGUAAAUAUGUGUUCUUUAAUAGAAAUUAUAUAAAGUUCAG